AUGGAAGAUGCUAUCAAGCUUUAUGAGCUUAUGAUGGAUAGUUCAUAUAAGCCAUUAGUUGAGGAUUGCAACCUUCUUUUGAAAAGCAUCUCUGCAAGUGAUAAGCCAAAUUUGGAUUUAGUUUUCAGGGUUUCUAAGAAAUAUGAGUCAACGGGGCACACUCUCUCCAAGGCAAUCUAUGAUGGAAUCCACAUGUCUUUAACAAGUGCUGGGAAACUUGACGAAGCUGAGAAUAUUGUUAAUAGCAUGAGAAAUGUUGGCUACCAGCCUGAUAACAUCACAUAUAGUCAAGUGAUUUUUGGAUUUUGUAAGAUGAGGAGGCUUGAAGAAGCACGUAAAGUUCUGAAGGAGAUGGAAUCUUGUGGCUGCAUCCCUGAUAUUAAGACUUGGACCCUGUUGGUCCAAGGACAUUGUGUUGCGAAUGAAGUAGACACGACAUUAGUUUGUUUAUACAAGAUGAUUGAAAAGGGAUGCAAUGUGGAUGCUGCUGUUUUAGGCGUUCUGAUAGACAAUUUUCUUGGUCAAAAGCGAAUAGAUGAUGCAUACAAGUUGCUUGUAGAGGUUGUUAGUAAACAUGGCGCAUCCCCGUCACACGGUACAUAUAAGAAACUGAUUGUAAAUCUAUUGGGAAUUGAGAAAUUUGAGGAGGCUCUUGACCUUCUUUGUUUGACUAGGAAACACAACUACGGCCCAUUUGUUGAACCCUUUGUGCAGUAUAUUUCUAAGUUUGGGUCUGUAGAAGAUGCUGUAAAAUUCCUGAAGAGUAAGGGAAGUCCCUGGUCAGUUGCACGGUGCAGAGCCUUAGCCAUAUCAGCCAAGAACAAUAAGGAAGUUGAAAGGGGACGGACUCUUUUGAAAAGAGAAGAAGAGAAAUUGAAAGGAGAAAUUCGGAAGUUGGAAUUAGCCCUAGCCUCCUCACCCACCUUUCCUCUCUACCAACCCCAUCUCCAUCAGGUCACCAAAUCCAGCACUAACGUGAUAGCCAAAUCACCCAGCAAUCCCGGUUUUCGCUGCACCUCCACCGUGAGCCACCACGGUUCACACCUCUCACUGGUGGAACUCCAGGGCCACCCGCCCUCGCCGCGCAUCGCACCGUUCGAUUCUCAGCCCCCUCCACUCACACACGCCUCACCUUUACUGUGCCGCCAUCCCUUUCCCUCAAAACAGCCCCCGACCAGCCGCCGCCCAGCCCUAAUCGCAAGGCUCACCACCUCUGUGGCCGCGGCCACUCACCGGCACCGGUACCAUCACCAUCCCCAUUUCGGCGCUACGAUGAUUCGCGUGAGGGCAAUUGCCGCCUCUCUCAGAGUGCUCGAAUCUUCAAUCGCUACCCGGGUUCUAGUGAUUCGAAACCAGGUGACUCACUUCUCUCUCUAUAAUCCACUACCCCUUUUGGAUUCGUAUGACCAAAUACGUUUCCCCAUCGCUAAACAUAACCUCUAUUUUUCUACCAAACCGAGCUCUAUUGUGGAGCUUGUUUUGACCAACGAUUGGUGCCAAGCGUUAGAGCUCGAGUUAGAAAGUCGUUGCCCGCAUAUGACCCAUGAAACCGUUAUUUAUGUCAUAAAGCGGUUGGAUAAAAACCCAGAAAAAGCUUCGUGUUUUUUCAAUUGGGUCAUUAAGAAAGACUGGUUUUGGGCAAGCUCUUCAGUGUUUAGCUUAAUUGUUAGGAUUUUGGCCACAAAGGAUACUAUGAAGCAAUUUUGGGUUACUUUAAGGACGAUGAAGGAAAAUGGGUUUUAUCUCAACGAAGAAACUUAUCUCACAAUUUACGUUAACUUUAAAAGAGAAAAGAUGAACAGUGACUCUGUUGCUUUGACUCACUUCUAUAAUCGGAUGCUAGAGGAGAAUGCAAUGCAAAGUGUUGUCACCAAGGUGGUUGGUAUCAUUUCAGUGUCUGAAUGGGAUGAGAAGGUCAUGGGUAAACUUGCAGAGCUUAAAAUUCAGCUGUCGGAUAAUUUUGUAAUAAGGGUUUUGAAAGAGCUUCGAAAUACUCCUCUAAAGUCUUACAAGUUCUUUCGUUGGGUUGGGACACAACCUGAUUAUGAGCAUAAUACAAUAACUUACAAUGCAGUUGCAAGUGUUCUUGCUAGGAAUGACUCAAUUCAGGAGUUUUGGAGUGUUAUUGCGGAGAUGAAGAGUGUGGGUCAUGAGUUGGACAUUGAUACUUACGUAAAGAUAUCAAGGCAGCUUCAAAAGAUUAGGAUGAUCGAGGAUGCUGUCAAGCUUUAUGAGCUUAUGAUGGAUGGUUCAUAUAAGCCAUUGGUUCAAGAUUGCAAUAUCCUUUUGAGGAGCAUCUCCGCAAGUGAUAAGCCAAAUUUGGAUUUAGUUUUCAGGGUUGCUAGGAAAUACGAAUCAACAGGGCACACUCUCUCGAAGGCGAUAUAUGACGGAAUCCACAGGUCUUUGACAGGUGCUGGGAAAUUUGAUGAAGCUGAAAAGAUUGUUAGGACUAUGAGAAAUGCUGGUCACGAGCCUGAUAACAUCACCUACAGUCAAGCGGUUUUUGGACUUUGCAAGAUGAGGAGGUUUGAAGAAGCAUGUAAAGUGCUGGAGGAAAUGGAAUCUUGCGGAUGCAUCCCUGAUAUUAAAACUUGGACCGUCUUGAUCCAAGGGCAUUGUGAUGCCAAUGAAUUAGAUAAAGCGAUACUUUGUUUUACUAAGAUGAUUGAAAAGGGCUGCAAUCCGGAUGCUGAUUUAUUAGAUGUUCUGGUUGAUGGUUUUCUUAGCCAAAACAGAAUAGAAGGUGCGAAGGAGUUGGUUAUAGAGAUUAGUAGGAAGUGUCGUAUAUCUCCAUGGCAAGCUACAUACAAAAGACUGAUUGAAAAGCUAUUGGGAGUCAUGAAGUUUGAAGAUGCACUUGAACUUCUUCGUUUGAUGAAGAACCACAACUACCCUCCAUUCCAUCUACCCUUUGUGCCUUAUAUUUCCAAGUUUGGGUCUGUAGAGGAUGCUGAGGCAUUCCUUAAGGCAUUGAGUGUAAAAAGUUACCCUUCCCAUGUUGUUUACGUUCAGGUUUUUGAAUCCUUAUUCCAAGAGGGUAGACUCUCUGAGGCCAAAGAUCUAUUGUACAAGACUCCUCACCAUAUCCGUACACAUAGUAAAAUAUCUCAACUUUUCGGGUCAUCUGAAAGUCACACUGAGUCAUCUGCUGCCUGA